UCAGUUGAAUUUCUGCCGGUAGAAGAUAUCGACUGCUUCCAAAAUGCUGAAAAUGAAAAGAAAUAUUUUGGCAUAUUUUUUAUUGCUCAUAAUUUUUGUUCAUUGUGAGAAAAUAUUAAAAUGUAAAAAAGUGGAAAAACCAAAUAUUGUCAUAAUAAUGGCGGAUGACAUGGGAUCUUUUGACGCAAGCUAUCGAGGUUCCAACGAAUUUUUAACACCAAAUAUCGAUGCACUUGCCUACAACGGAAUCAUUCUUGACCGUUUUUAUACCCCACCAGUUUGUACUCCAUCAAGAGCUUCUGUAAUGACAGGAAAAUAUCCGCACACUAUUGGUAUGCAAAAUUUCGUGGUUCGCGCAGUUGAAGCAUAUGCUCUUGGAAAUGACCAAACUUUGAUGUCUGAUUACUUUAAACAAGCUGGUUACAGCACGCAUUUAAUUGGGAAAUGGCAUUUGGGAUUCUAUGAAAAGAAGUUUACUCCAACUUAUCGAGGAUUUGAUACAUUUUUUGGAUACUAUAAUGGAUUUAUUGAUUACUUCAAUCGUACUCAUUAUUCUUUCAAUACUCCUGGUUAUGAUUUCCGCAGAAACAAAGAAGUGACUUAUGAGAAUUUCGGAGAAUAUGCAACAACACUUUUCACUAAUGAGGCUGUUAAAUUAAUCAAAAAUAAAAAUGACGAGCCAUUGUUCAUGAUGGUAAAUCACCUUGCACCACACACUGCUAACAAUUAUGAAUUAAUGCAAGCACCACAAGAAGAAAUUGACAAAUUCAAGCACAUUGAAGAUCCGAACAGAAGGAUAUUAGCUGCUAUGAUAUCCAAGUUAGAUGACGGAAUCGGUCAAAUUGUAGAAGCUUUGGAAGAUGCAAACAUUUUGGAUAAUACAAUCAUUUUGUUCUACAGCGACAACGGAGGUAAAUUCACGGGCCGAUUUAAUAAUUAUGGAUCUAACUUCCCAUUACGAGGCCAAAAGAAUUCUCCAUGGGAAGGAGCUGUUCGUAAUCUUGCUUUCAUCUUUAGUCCAUUAAUUGGAAAUAGUCAACGAAUAUAUGACGGCUACAUGUACACGGCAGAUGUUUUACCAACACUAGCAUCGGCUGCUGGUAUUAAAAUUGGCGAUGUGGAAGGUUACGACAUGUGGAAUGCUAUAAUUAAUAAGAAGAUUUCUCCAAGGUCAGAAGUCAUUCCAUCCUUUGACAACAUAUCAGGUCAUUCUUCAAUCAUCUUAGAUAAAUGGAAGUUUGUAAAUGGAACGACAUUUGACGGAAUUUACGAUGGAUAUUUGGGAAUUAUUCCUGAAUAUAAUUUAGAUCCAAAUGAGUACGCAAAUAGAGUUUCUUCUUCUAUAGCUGGGAAAGCUUUAGAAAACUAUGGAAAAACACUAUCAAAUGGGAAGAUAUUAAACCUCCGCAGAAACGCAAUGAUUGAUUGUAAUGAGAAGCAAAUUCCACUAACAUUGUGCGAACCUUUGAAAUCGCCUUGUUUGUUUGAUAUUCAUCGUGAUCCGUGUGAACGUGAAAAUCUUUCCAGUAUGUUUCCAGAUGUUGUUGCUAAGUUACAACAAAGAAUGUUGGAAAUUGUGGAAAGUGCAGCACCAGUUCGAAGGACAUUCGUUGAUGAUCCUUUGAGCAAUCCUGCUUUAUACAACAAUACUUGGGUUUCUUACCGCGACUAUUCGGAAAUAUAA